UUGAGGGUGGGUGAGUGGGCAGGCAGGAGAAGCAGCGAGGGGGGGGAAAGAAGUGGCGCCCAGGAGGGCAUCCUCCUCUUCCUCCUCCUUCCCCGCGAAGAGGCAGGGCCCGCCUGGACCAGGUGUGAAAGCAUAAUGGCAGGCAACAGUUUGGUCCUUCCAAUAGUGCUAUGGGGACGCAAAGCACCCACUCACUGUGUAUCAGCCACCCUCUUAAUGGAUGACGUGUCAAUGAUUGUAACGGGAUGUCACGAUGGACAGAUAUGUCUUUGGGACCUGUCUACAGAUCUAGAAAUAAAUCCUAGAGCUCUGUUGUUUGGUCAUACAGCUUCAGUUACUUGUUUGUCCAAAGCUAGUUCUUCAAGUGAGAAGCAGUAUAUAGUGAGUGCAUCAGAAAGUGGGGAGAUGUGCCUCUGGGAUGUGAAUGAUGGAAGAUGCAUCGAAUUUACUAAACUAGCGUGCACACACACUGGAAUACAGUUCUAUCAGUUCACAAUUGGGACCCAGCGUGAAGGCAGACUAUUGUGUCAUGGCCAUUAUCCAGAAAUCCUUGUUGUGGAUGCUACCAGCCUUGAAGUUCUUUAUUCCUUGGUGUCAAAGAUCUCUCCUGACUGGAUCAGUUCCAUGAGCAUUAUUCGAUCUCACAGAACACAAGAGGAUACUGUUGUAGCUGUGUCUGUGACUGGCAUUCUAAAAGUGUGGAUAGUAACCUCGGAAAUGAGUCACAUGCAGGAUUCAGAACCAAUCUUCGAGGAGGAGUCAAAACCAAUUUACUGUCAAAACUGCCAAAGCAUUUCUUUCUGUGCAUUUACCCAAAGAUCACUUUUGGUAGUUUGCUCUAAAUACUGGAGGGUGUUUGAUGCUGGAGAUUAUUCCUUGCUAUGCUCAGUCCCAAGUGAGAACGGACAGACCUGGACAGGAGGUGAUUUUGUGUCAGCAGACAAAGUGAUCAUAUGGACAGAAGAUGGUGAAAGUCUUAUAUAUAAACUUCCAGCCAGUUGUUUACCAGCUAGCGAUUCAUUUCGCAGCGACGUUGGGAAAGUUGUUGAAACUCUGACUCCUCCUCAACUCUAUUGCGUUGUGGAGAGAGCUGUGGAGAAAGCAGACAAACUGUUAUUAAUUUGCCCUCCGGUGACGCGAUUCUUCUAUGGCCGCAGGGAGUGUUUCCAUAAACUGCUUAUCCAGGGAGACUCCUCAGGGAGACUCAGCAUUUGGAGUAUACCAAAUACACUUGACAAGCAAGAUGUGACAGAAGGAUUGAAAGUAACAACUUCCACUUCUCUACAAGAAGCGUUCAGCAAACUCGCUCCUCGCCCUGCUGGAAUUAUAGAUCAGUUGAGCUUCAUGCCAAACAGUGAGGAGCCACUUAAAGUGACAGCGAGUGUGUAUAUCCCAGCACAUGGACGCCUGGUCUGUGGCCGUGAAGAUGGAAGCAUUAUUAUUGUACCAGCAACUCAAACUGCUAUAGUUCAGCUCUUGCAAGAUGAACACAUGCGUAGAAGAGGUUGGCCACCUCAUAGAACUCUGCGGGGUCAUCGAAACAAAGUCACCUGUUUACUGUAUCCUCACCAGGUCUCCUCUCGUUAUGACCAAAGAUACUUGGUCUCAGGUGGAGUAGAUUUUUCUGUCAUUAUCUGGGACAUCUUUUCUGGAGAAAUGAAACACAUCUUCUGUGUGCAUGGUGGAGAAAUUACGCAACUUUUGGUCCCUCCAGAAAAUUGCAGUUCAAGAGUCCAGCACUGCAUUUGCUCUGUUGCUAGUGACCAUUCAGUAGGACUUUUGAGUUUACGAGAGAAGAAAUGCAUCAUGUUAGCUUCCCGACACCUCUUCCCUGUUCAAGCCAUAAAGUGGAGACCGUCGGAUGACUACCUUGUUGUUGGCUGUUCAGACGGUUCUGUCUAUGUUUGGCAAAUGGAUACUGGCGCUCUUGACCGCUGUGUAAUGGGGAUAACAGCCGUUGAGAUCCUGAAUGCUUGUGAUGAGGCUGUCCCUGCUGCAGUUGAUUCUCUUAGCCAUCCUGCUGUCAACUUAAAACAGGCCAUGACCAGACGUAGCCUUGCUGCACUGAAAAACAUGGCCCAUCAGAAACUUCAGACUCUUGCCACAAACCUCCUGGCUUCUGAUUCAUCCGACAAAGGAAAUUUGCCUAAAUAUUCUCACAACUCUCUGAUGGUUCAAGCCCUGAAGACUAACUUAACAGACCCAGAUGUCCAUGUGCUCUUCUUUGAUGUGGAAGCUCUGAUUAUUCAGCUACUAACAGAAGAAGCCUCGAGGCCUAAUACGGCCCUUAUUUCCCCAGAGAAUUUACAGAAAGCAUCUGGCAGUUCUGACAAAGGGGGUUCCUUUCUGGGUGGCAAACGAGCUGCAGUCCUCUUCCAGCAGGUCAAAGAAACAAUCAAAGAGAACAUAAAAGAACAUCUUCUUGAUGAGGACGAUGACGAUGAGGAAUCCAGGCAGAGAAGAGAAGAAAGUGACCCAGAGUAUCGGUCCAGCAAAUCUAAGCCAUUGACUCUCUUAGAAUAUAACUUAACUAUGGACACAGCCAAGCUUUUUAUGUCAUGCCUUCAUGCGUGGGGCUUGAAUGGUGUUCUAGAUGAGCUUUGUAGUGAGCGUUUGGGCAUGCUGAGGCCUCACUGUUCCGUCUCUUUUGGCUUGCUUUCAAGAGGCGGUCACAUGUCUUUGAUGCUUCCUGGAUACAAUCAACCUAUAGGCAAGGUGCCCUCUAGAGAGGUGGAGGUAGGAACAUCUGUAUCUCUCCCAGAGGGGCAUAUCAGGGGUACGUACGGCAUUUCACGUGCAGUAACUACUCAGCAUCUUCUCUCCAUUAUCUCCUUGGCAAACACCUUGAUGAGUAUGACCAAUGCAACAUUUAUUGGAGAUCAUAUGAAGAAAGGACCAGCCAGACCACCUAGACCAGGGACUCCUGAGCUUGCUAAAGUGAAGACUCCUGUUCCAGUUGCUAGUCCAGCAGCUCAAGGGCUGAUUAAACAAGUUGCUCCUGCUGUUUCUGCUAGUACCGAAGCUGAUCACUCUGGCUCUGACCCUGCUCCUCCUUUACAUACCUGUUUCUUAGUAAAUGAAGGGUGGAGUCAGCUUGCUGCUAUGCAUUGUGUUAUGCUCCCUGACCUGUUGGGCCUGGAUAAAUUUAGACCACCUCUCCUUGAAAUGUUGGCUCGUAGAUGGCAAGAUCGAUGCUUGGAGGUCAGAGAAGCUGCCCAGGCCUUGCUGUUAGCAGAACUGAGAAGAAUUGAACAGGCAGGGAGGAAGGAAACCAUUGACAUGUGGGCUCCCUAUUUACCACAGUAUAUGGACAGUGUUAUAUCACCUGGAGUGACCACAGAAGCUAUUCAGACUGUUACUGCUAGUCCUGAGCAAUCGCUAUCUGAAACCAAAAUUCAAGAAGAAGAGCAUGACCUGGUUGAUGAUGACAUCUCAACAGCUUCUCUGUCUGGGCUUCCACAAAUGAAAAAAAUAUCUAUGUCAUACGAAGAGAGACGAAAACAAGCUACUGCUAUUGUUCUGCUCGGAGUAAUUGGAGCAGAGUUUGGAGCAGAAAUUGAACCUCCAAAGUUGCUGACCAGACCACGCAGUUCUAGCCAAAUUCCUGAAGGGUUUGGUUCAACAAGCGGUGGAUCCAACUAUUCUUUGGCAAGGCAUACUUGCAAGGCCUUGACUUAUCUUCUGCUGCAGCCUCCCAGCCCCAAGCUGCCUCCCCACAGCACCAUCCGAAGAACUGCCAUUGACCUCAUAGGACGAGGGUUUACAGUAUGGGAACCUUACAUGGACGUGUCUGCCGUGCUGAUGGGCCUCUUGGAGCUCUGUGCUGAUGCCGAGAAGCAACUUUCAAACAUCACAAUGGGGCUGCCUCUGAGUCCAGCAGCUGACUCCGCCCGCUCUGCACGACACGCUCUCUCGCUCAUUGCCACGGCCAGACCACCCGCCUUCAUAACAACCAUUGCCAAGGAGGUACACAGGCACACCGCUCUCCAAGCAAAUACUCAGUCUCAACAGAAUAUUCAUACUACUACCUUGGCUCGAGCCAAGGGAGAAAUUCUGAGGGUUAUCGAAAUACUUAUUGAAAAAAUGCCCACUGAUGUUGUGGAUCUCCUUGUAGAGGUUAUGGAUAUCAUUAUGUACUGUCUUGAAGGUUCAUUAGUCAAGAAAAAGGGACUCCAAGAGUGCUUUCCAGCCAUCUGCAGGUUCUACAUGGUCAGCUAUUAUGAGCGGAGUCACAGAAUAGCAGUUGGAUCUCGCCAUGGUUCAGUGGCCCUCUACGACAUCAGGACUGGAAAAUGUCAGACCAUCCAUGGCCAUAAAGGCGCCAUAACAGCAGUGGCUUUUGCUCCUGACGGACGUUAUCUUGCCACAUACUCCAACAAAGAUAGUCACAUUUCCUUCUGGCAGAUGAACACCUCACUUUUGGGAAGUAUCGGGAUGCUGAAUUCUGCACCGCAGCUCCGUUGUAUUAAAACGUACCAGGUGCCCCCUGUGCAACCUGCAUCUCCCGGCUCCCACAAUGCUCUCAGACUGGCCAGGCUCAUCUGGACUUCCAACCGCAAUGUUAUUCUUAUGGCACAUGAUGGCAAAGAACAUCGAUUUAUGGUCUAGAGUCAGGGUCUGCGUGUGUGUGUGUGUGUGCGUGUGCGUGUCUGCGUUUUCUUGCUCCAAAUACAAUUUUCUUUUGAAAUCCCCUGUAAUUCUAGUUCCCUCUUUGUGAUCGUGACACUGGAGGGUCCAUGCCAGUGUCCAAAAAAAUAGUUAUCCAGCGGGGAUUGGACAGGUGGCAUUCACUCUGCUUUUUUCCCUAUAGCAGAGCCCAGUUUAAGCCACUGUGGACUGAAGGGGACGCACGCCAGCUCAGCAGCCUAUAUAGCAGUUACGCCAGCUUGCAGGGCUAUUCCCUGAUCCGUAGGUGGGGCUGAGGUGUGGGGAGGACCUUGAGAAAGCAGCUAUGUUAUGGGUUGUGGCUGAGAUUCUGGGAGAACUUGAUUAUAGAAUUGUUCUAAAAAAAAAAUAUUCACGACAUUUAAACUGGACUGAAUCUGAUCACUCUGAGAGCAGGUUUUAAAUUAGAAACCACUUUUCUUUGAAGUAUUUUGAAAUCUUAAUGUUUACCAAAAGCUCAUAUGUUUACAUAGAUUUUCUUCCAGGGAAUGUUGGGUGUGCAGCUUCCCCCGUGUGCGUUCUCUUACCAUUUCUUGACACACACGGAAGAAUCAGAUGGCCCCCUGUGUGCAAAGGAGCUCCCCUGUGCCCACUAGAGCUGCUGGUUCACAACAUUAAAGGUUUAUUGGACCUGUCAGGCUUGGGACGUUUUGAGAAAAUAGAUGGGAAAGAGGAUUUCCUACUUCCUUCGAACCACAAUGCUUCCUCAUAUAUAUAUUUUGGAUUGAUUGAGGAAAUGAUGGCGUACUUCAAUGAGUGAAGGGAAAACGUUAUGUGUUUUAUUUUUAUGUCAGAGAAGAGAGAAUAUUCUCACCUGUGAUGUUAAUAUAUUUUUUUUGGUAUGAAUAUUUGCAAGGUUUGGAGAGAAACAGUAUGGAUAUCGUUUUUUGCUUUGCUGCUAAUAUAGGUACUUGUGUCCAUAAAUGUUCCCUCUCAUAGGCUUUUCUGGCACUGAGAAUGCCAAGGAUAUGAAGGUUCCUCACUUUGAACAUUAUCAAGAUAUCAACUGAUCAUGAUAGCUACAUUUGCAACGUUUUGAUUUCAUUGAAGGACAGAGAUUUAAGAGCUGGAAGCAUCUGAUGAAACACAUCACUGGUCAUUAUUGCAGGAAGUGUUUUAAAAAAGUUAAUCUAUGAUUCAGUUUCCGUAUUUUUCAGCAUUUUCCCCUAAAGGAUUCAUGUGUAAUGUAAACAGUUGAUGUUCACAUAUCUCCCAUAUCUUGCAUAAUCAUUGUCUGAAAAGCACCUGGGUUUUGUUCACAGGACAGUGGGGGAAACAUGAAGAAAAUAUUUUAUUUAAAUGUGUGUGAGUGUAUUAUGUGUGUGCUUCUGGCUUGCAUUCCCUUUGCUGUGAAUCUGGAGAACAUGCAGAGAGAAUGCUCUCAGGAUAUGUAUGCUAACAUGUUCAACAAAAAUGGAGUCUAGAAUAAGUAGAAUUUGAAGAAAGAAGAGAAGAGAGUGAUAGCUUCUGAGUUGAAAACCUAUCGAGUGCAUUCUUUUAAACCAUGCUUCUGCUUAAACAAAAAUAGUGCGAGUAGAAAAUAAUGAGACUUGCACAGGAGGAGUUCAGUUCACCUUUGCUUCCUUCCCACUUCUUUCAGUAGGGCUUUGCACCACAGCAGUUCUUGGUACUUUGCAUACAUUGAUUUUUUGUUAAACGACUAGGUGGUCUGUUUAAUACACUGUACAUGUAACUUGGAUUACAUAGGCCACAAUCAACAUAUCUAUCUACUUGAGAUUUUAAAAGCAGAGCCAGAAAUUGAAGACCGUUAAGAAUGUUCAUCUCCUAGUGCUGUAAAUUUAUAUCCUUUUUAACUAUGGCAAAGCUUAAAUAGUGUGUGUUUAGUGGUGGUAAAAAUCCUGUUGUGGAAUUUCCACUUUUUAAAAAAAUGAACCUACACAACAAGCAUGUGCAUUGUAUUUAUGAAGCGUGCGUCUGGGAUUUGGAAAAGGCAAGAAAAAAUAGACAGAACAUUUACAUUUUUUGUCUGUUGAAUCAGAAUGUUAUGACAUAAAUGAAAAUGAAGAAAUACAUUUUGGUGCAUUUCCCAUGGGCAUUCCAGAGUCAUACUUCUCUCUUUUUUUACAUGAUUUUCUUUGUUUCUCAUCCAUUCCUUUUCUUACUGUUCCUGCAUUCCAAAGUUCCACAGGGCUCCUUUGCUUACAUGGGGCAGAAUCCAAUGCUGUGCAAGUGCUAGCGUAAACUACUAGUAGUGCAAAGUCAUUAGUGCUUACUAGACAAAGGGGAAAAGUGGUGAUUUGCCAUCAGAGGCAAACCGCACCACUGCAGUUUUGCAGCAAAUUGGCGUCUUUUCCCUUUGCCUAGCAACCGCUAAUGAGAUUGCACUAACAUUGGUUUACGCUAGCGUCAUGUCAUUAGCGCUAGACCUGGUGCAGCACUGGAUACUUCCCAGGGAGCUCUGACCAAUCAGGAAGCUGCCUUGUCACAUCAUUGUUGGCUAAUGGUUCUUAGAUGUAGUGGGAUUUAAGAGAACGAUCCCCUCUACAGCAUUAAAGAAAACUGAAAGAGCAGGCCCACCUGCUUGCACAAAGCUCCAGGUAGGCACACCAUGGGAAUAACUUUAUAUUACAAUCAGCACAGGGAUGCCACUGAAAAUGGCAUCCCUUUAGCAGGUUCUUUUCCCCUCCUCUUCAAAACACAUUGUAAAACAUAUACAUGUAACAACAUUCUGAAUGUCCCUGCCAAAACACACACAAUUGUGACAUCAAGAUACAGAUAAGAUUUACUACACAUUGGCCCCGUUCAGACAACACGGAAUGCCAUUAACCAUUUUGUGGUUAAGCAGCAUGGUUUAGCAUGUUGUCUGAAUGGGUCCAAUGAAAGGCGAGAAUGGACAACCCGACAAGUGGCUGCUCUUUUCACGUGUUAGCAGCCCCUGUGCAUCUUGUAACACGGACUUCCACACUGUUGCAUUGAGCUGAAUGCGUGUAAAUCCACCUAGCAUUGCUGCACUGUUUAUGUUCAUUUCACUGGGAGUUGUGCAGUGGUUCCACAUAUGUAUUUGCAGUGGAGGAUGUGAUGUAGCAAAACUCGUUGAUUUGCACCCAUAAAUAUCCCAUUAAAAGUAUGCUUAAAAAUGCAUGUCCUAAAAUCAUUCAUAUAUAUAUAUAUAUAUAUAUAUAUAUAUAUAUAUAUAUAUAUUGCAAGCACAGACAAAUACGACCACAUGCAUCCAUCGACAAGAAGUAGUUCAGUGUUGUGACGGGUCUAAAAAUAUUUUAACUGCUAUACUGGAAUUGGGGAGGUUGGGAGGAAUUUGUAGAUAUGUAACACAUGACACAUUAUGUCUGUAAAAAGAAAAGCCGGGCUUUUAAACCAAUAGGAAAGGUAGCCUACGCAAAGGAGUAAUUUAAACAGGAGAAUCAAUAUUUAUGUACUAGUAACUGCAACAAUCCACUAGGCCCUGCACAACCCCCUGACUAUGAAAAGGAGGCUGUGCUACUGUAGCGUUGAGUGGAUUUUUGCCCAGAAGUCUUAAUUCCCUUAAUAUCCCUGUAUGCAAAUCUGCAUGCGAGUGGCUUUCUCAGCCCUCGCUGCAAACUUCAUCACGGCUUAGAUCUCUCAGCACUGCAGUAAAAUUUGUAUUGUCAUUCCAGUGUAAGCUUUUAGUGUUUUAUUGAUUUGUUUAGUACUGUAUUUGGAUUUGUCCUUGUAAAUGUAGAGACGUAUGUGGCUUCAUUGGCAGUUUACAAGCAAAAGAUGACAUGAUGAGACACCUGUAUGGAAAUGUUUUCAUGACUAAAGUCGCAGUGUAUGGUAACUGAUUAAAAUGUCUGCCUCAAGAAACA